UCACGUCUGAGUGAGGCCUGUGCUAGGGAAAUGAUUGCAAAAGUUCUCACAUCGGAUGAAGGCAUCGAACCGCAUGAAAAUCCACAGCCUCCAAGAAACACCACAAUUCCGGAUCAGCCGACAAUUGAACAACGACUCCAACCACAACAAUACAUACCACCCCAAGUGUCAGAUGAAAAGGCAGAACCUUCGAAAACUGAAAACCUGUAA